AUGAAACAUUCUAGUCGGCCUCAACGUGAAAUUCUGCCACGAGAAUGUGUUGAACAAGACCGAAGUUCGGCAAACGAUCGAUUGAUGAAAGAUUACUUCGAUGAAGCACCUACUUACCCAAACCCAAACGAUUUGGGGCAUCGUUUUCGGAUGAGUAAACGUUUAUUUCUACGCAUUGCUGGAGACAUGGAAAACAAGUUUGAUUAUUUUAAACAAAAAGCGGAUGCGAGUGGGAUGCUUGGAUUUACCGCUAUUCAAAAGUGUACUUCAGCGCUACAAGUCCUUGCGUACGGAAACACCAUCGACAUCACCGACGAGUAUUUAAAGAUGGCCAACAAAAAAACGCGCGAUAUCUUGGAGCAUUUUUGUCACGGAAUAUCCGCAAGCAACAAUAAAGAAAGAGUGAACAAUGCACAUGAAAUGCGGUUUGAAGCCGCACAUUCCGCGUUAGCAGUUGAUUUGGUCCAACACCCAUGGUCGGUUCGGUAUAUUCCAAACGAAGGUGAAGAAGAAGUUGAUGACGAGGAAGAUGAAGAUGGCGAGUACGGCGAAAACGAAUAUGACAUUUGA